AUGGAAGGCACUCACUGCACCCUCCAAUUGCAAAAGCCUGUUACCGAACUCUGCUACAUCAGCUUCUAUCUUCCAAGAGGGGAAGUCAGAGGAUUUUCAUACAAGGGCACCGUAACUCUAGACCGAUCCAAUAAAGGUUUUCAUAACUGCUACCAAGUCAGGGAGGGGCCAGACAUCAUCAGCCUCAGCCAGCAGCCAGACGAACAUCCAGGCGACAUAUUUUUCAAGCAGACUCCCACAAAAGACAUUCUAACUGAGCUGUACAAACUCACAGCAGAGAGGGAGAGACUGCUGGCCAAUCUGCUGAGCUCAGACCACAUCCUGGGGAUUGCGAUGGGGAAUCAGGAGGGCAAGCUGCUGGAGCUGUCGGUGAGCCUGGCCCCUGAGGAUGACUGUUUCCAGGGUGCUGGCAGCUGGUGGGGGGAGCUCCCUGUGGGCUCUCUCAAUAAGAGGAGCACCCACGGGAACAAAAAGCCCCGGAGGUCUGGAGGAAGGAGAGAGAGCUUUGCGGCACAGAAGAGGACAAGAAGGAAAGAGUGUGGGGGCCAGGAGUCAGCUCCUCAGAUGGGGAAGGACCAGAUCUAUUCCAGCAACUCCCUUCCUCUUUCUCGAACAAGGCCUAAUCUUCAGCUCCUAGAGGAAAGAGGAAACUUGCUCCCAAAUGGGGCACUUACCUCUGCCCUGAAGAGGAGAGAGAGCUGCCCUCCAGAUAUCCUCAGGAUCCUGGAUGCAGAUGUUGGCUUUGGGAGCUUUGGGACAGCCUUCAAGGACACUGGGCUUGAAAGAGAAGAGCUGCCCCCUGACUACAGCUCCACAGAGUCAGGAGAUGAUGGUGUCCGCGGGCUGCUGAGGAGGCCUUGCGGGCUGGGUUUGCCAGAAAGUCAGCAGGACCCUGAGAAGCAUCCAGAGGCAAAGAGGGACAGGAUGGAGAAGUCAGCUGGGCCUGUUUCCAAAGUGGUGGCCAAAGUCCAGGACUUGGCUGCUCAGGUGCAAAGAGUAGUUAAAACGCAUCCUGAGGGUGAGGAAAGGAUUGCCAUUUGCCCAGCAGCCCAAGCUGAGUUUAUACCCAAAGCAGACUUGCUCAGCCUCCCAGGACCUGAGGCUGGGGCUCAUGGCUCCAGGCAGGGCAAGGAGCAGCAAGGGGACAGGUCACUGCAGCUGGCGGCUAGAGAAAGCACCUCCAUUUCUGGUACACCACCCUGUGCUGAGGGGGCUGUGAACAAGGUCCUACUGAAGGUGAUAGAGAGUGAGAAGCUAGAUGAAGCUCCUGAGGGGAAAAGGCUGGGAUUCCCCAUCAGCACGCAAGCCACCCACACUCUCCCAGAAACCAGAUGCAAGAGGACAACCAGGCUGCCUCUGAGUGGCCGCAAAGCCUUGUUUCUGGAUCUGGUCCACAGUGCAGGUCCCGACUCCUCACAACCCAGAGGAGAUGAGAAGAGGCCGUUGCCCCCAGCACCAGCAGCUCUCAGCGUGGUGUUUAAUAAUUCAUCCCCUCAGUCCGGCACACAUAAAUGGAUGUCACCUGUUCCCUCUCCUCUGUCUCCAAGGCUCCCUAGCCCUCAGCAGCAUCACAGGAUCCUCCGACUCCCUCCGCUGCCUGGUGAGAGGGAAGCUGCUUUUAAUGACUCUCCUUGUAGAAAAAGCAGUGUCUUCUCUGGGUCUCCCUCUGCUGACACCUUGGAGCCACCAUCCUCUGCGAAGGUCACGGAGACCAAACGAACCAGCCCGGCCUCCCUCAGAGCAGGCCAACCUCGGUUGGUGCCUGGGGAAACUUUGGAAAAGAGCUUGGAGCCAGGGAAGACCACAGCUUGGCCCCAGCACCAGUCAUCUCCAGGUUACCAGCACUGGGAUCUUCAGUGGCACUUUCAAGAGCCAGUCAUAAGAAUCAUAGAAAUUCCUUGCCAGGGAGAUCUCCUAUGCUUCUAA